AUGGCGUCUGUUGAUGCUGCUGGAGGGUAUGGAGUGACUGAAGGAAGCUUCUUCUCGCUGCGAAAGGAAGCGAAGGAGCUCGAAAAGGAGGUGGCUCAGCUCUUGACCUUGUCUCCCGACUGCUCGAAUGCGCAUGUCAGUUUCGAACAGACGAGUAUUGCACCAGAAGUAGCAGCAGAAGAAGCACCAGAAGAAGCAGCAGAAGAAGCAGCAGAAGAAGCAUCAGAUUGGAAGGUUUGCGAGGAAACAAGCAGAGAGAGAGAGGUCACUUGUGAACGUGAUGCCCCUUUCCACUUCUUCGGUAACGAUGGUGGGAUCUGUUCCACCACCUUGGACGACGACGCGAUCGGAUCAGCGCGAGGCAGCCAGCAUCUCAGAGUUAACUUCCAACCCCUCUCAGUCGAGCAGCUCAAGUCGCAUCCCCCUGAUGACUCGGCCACCAACUCGCCUCGAAGUCCUCGAGCAAAUCGGCAGUGCUUGACCCCGGAGGGAUGGAUCAAGGCUCUCGACGCAGGAUGCUGGAGUGCUCAAUGUCUUCCUUUUGCUUCCCAGACGUCUCCUCUCGUCUCCCAGCAAGAGCUCUUGACCUCCUCGAGCUCCAGCGCUGAGCCAAGUCCGAGAAGGAUACAAGCACCUCGCCCCUACAUCGGGCGACAGGCAAACUCACAUAGGCUGAAGGAGGAAGGGAGGGAAGGUAAGGACAAAGCAAGAGAAGAUAAGGGCGAGCAAGAGCAGGCGAAGGAAGUGCCGCAUGAAUCUGCUGGCAUCUUCGCGUCUGCCAAGAAGUUCUUGAUGAUGAGCGCGGUCGACGGGCAGCAGCGGCAAGAGGCACUGGAGCUGCUUGAGAGCUUCAGCGGGGCUCUAGAUCUCGGAGAGGGAUGGGGGUCAGAUGCUCUCAGAAACUUCGGGAUCGGCCAAGCCUCGGCUGCCGCUGGGGGCGCAAUUGAGCUGAGAAGAGCCCGCGAGUCCCUGACAGCCAUCGACUACUCGUGGAAUCAGCCAGGCAGCUGCCCAAGUCGCCCCAACACGAGAGGAGGAUUGACCCUGGAAGCCCGCGAGAAGAAGAAGGUCAAAACGGCUCGCAAAGGAGAAGUGCUUGCAACUCCUAAGCCAUCGACCAGCGCCAAGAGGCUUGAGGGCUCGAGCAGCAGCCCAGCUAUCUUGGCGAGAAGCAGAAGAAUAGCUGAACAGAUGGAGCGAGAGGGAAGGAGGCGAGGAAACGUUGAGGACAGGCUUAUGGACGCAGGGAAGCAGCGAAGUGACAAGAUCGAGAAGUUGGCAAGAGCGCAGCAGGAUCGAAACGAGACAAGGGAGCGCAAGAGUGCGAGGAAAGAAAAGACAAACUCCGCACGCUUGUAUGAAACCGCCAAAUUAAGGGAGGAAAGGAUCCAAGCCCUCCAGCGCGAAGUGACCCUCAAGUUGCUUGUUUUCUCCAACUUGCUAGUCACUUCCUCCCUCCAUAGGCUUGGCUUCAGGAAGGAAAAGAACUGGAGGCUCGACGACCUUCCUCCUCUCCCUCCGCUUCUUCUACUCGAAGAAGACUCCGAGACAAAAAACGACAAGUUAUUAGCAGCCGGAGACCCCAAGGGACCGCAGGACUGCUCGACCCCUUUAGACACGUCGGAGACCUCGAGCCCUGCGCGUGAGCUGCUGAGCGUCAUGAACAGGUCCUACGACAGCGAGCUCGAGAAAACCUAUUCGUCGUUGAGAGAGGAUUUGCAGUCCAAGCAACAAGGAAGCGAUGAGGUGACGGAGAGCAUAAGAAUGUCGGACAAGUUGCAACAAGCCUCGUUGAAGACAGGAACACCAUGCUCACCAGAAGUGGACUUGUACGAGGAGGAGGCGGUUGCGAGAGGGAGGAUAGAGAAGGAAGGGCUGGAGCGACCCGGAGGCAUCGGCAUUCAGCUAACGCGAACAAGCGAUGGGACUUUUGUCAUUGAGAGUCUCCCAGCUGGAGUAGCAGCUCAGUCGGGCAAGGUGCUGCUGGGCGACGAGCUGACGGCCGUGGACGGGAAUCGCAUCAUAGGUCGCGACAUGCAGUUUGCAGCUUCACUGAUCAAGGUGAAUGAGGAGGGGGAGCGGGAGGAACUUACAGGGACGAAGGGACGUGCGGGGCAUGUGGUCAAGCUCUCACUAACGAGGAGGAUCAAAGGAGCGACUGGCCGUGAGAAACGCGUGAAGCUCCUCGUCCCGCUUGUUCGCGCACCUCUGGUGGAUCAAGAGGCUCCUUCCUCUUCCCCCACCAGUAGCCAAGAACUCAGAGUCCCUCGGCUCAGCGUCGAGCAGACGCAGGUGGAGCAGGAAGAGCCUGUGCGGAUCAAGUUCAAGUCCCCUCGCAAUCAUGAGCCCUUCCUGCUCCCUGCGCCUCGCCACGAUCCGCUUGCUCGCUCUCUGACUGUCGAGCAUGGAGAGCGGUUCUCGUCACCAGACAAGUUGGCUGCCUUGGAGUUACUGAGGAAGAAGGGACCGGGAGGAGCAGCUGCUUACGUGGGGCUCCAGCACGAGGACGUUGAAGGCUUGAGGGAGAUGCGAGAGCAGUUCUCCUCUUCCCUUUCCUCCUCCAUCCCUGCAGCUCGACGUGGGCAGAUGAGCGAAGAGAUUGAGUACCAAGUCUGA